UCUCUCUCUCUCUCUCUCUCUCUCUCUCUCUCUCUCAUCCCCUCUCUUUCUCUACCUGUGGAAGCUGGGUUUUCAACAAGAGGGAGAGGGAGAGAAAGGGGAGGAGAGUGAGCAAGAGAGACAGAAAGCUUAUUUUGUAUUGACAGAUCAGUCAGUUUUGGGGUGUAGAGGUACUUUUAUUGUUGAAUAUCCUGUGGUUUCCUGUCAAUAGGAAGUGCCAAAAGACUCCUUUUCCCGAGUAGAAGAGUUAAGGACCUCACUGAAGCCACCCAAAAACAUCUGGAGGAGCAGAGGAUAAGUUGAGGAGCCUGAAGAGAAAUGAGCAGAAAAGAGAAGACCAGAAAGGAGGGAUGUCUGAUAUGUAAACAGAGUUGCCCUGGAUACCAGCAACACCUCUGGAGGAAGGUGUGUGGGUGCGGCUGUAGUUGGGCAGACCACACCCCCAGCUGUGAUGCUGAGGACGACCAGCGAAUGGGACGCCUGCUGGCCGACUCGCCCUGCUCUCAUUUGACGACCAAGGUGAAAGGGGGCGGCGGCCUGCGUGUGUACAAGAGGAACCGGAUGAUUGUGACCAAUCCCGAUGCAACACGCAAAGACCCCACCUUCGAGACCACCACCUACACCUGGUGCCCUGCGGGAGUCAGCCAGACCCUGGCCCUCCAGUACAUGACGUUGUUCCCAGAGGCACUAGGGGCCCAGUGGGGAGAGGAGGGCUCCCUGGCCCGCAGGAGGCGCCUCCAGGAUCAGCUCCCCCCCUACGACGUGGACCCCAUGCUCUGCAAGGGCCUGCUCUCCGACCAAGAGAUCUCCACCAUGCUGCUGUUUGUCAGGGGCUACAAACAGGAAGUCCUCGGGGUGGGGGAGGUGGCCUUGGCUGGAGGGGCCGACACUCUGGUGGAAGCUGCCACUCAGCGAGGGGCAAAGGAGGCCAAGGAGAAGGAGAGCAGCGAUGGGAUGGCUGAAGAAACUCAACAUGUGUGUGCUGGGUGUGGUGAGGGGGUUGCAGCCGACAGCCCAGCUGUUUUUGCCGAGCGUGCCGGUUACCAUAGCAACCUGUGGCACCCUACCUGCUUCUGCUGCUCAGAGUGUUGUCAGGGGCUGGUGGAUCUGGUGUACUUCUGGUCCAACGACAAGCUGCUCUGUGGUCGACACUUCUGUCAGACAAAAUGGCCACGCUGCUCUGGGUGUGACGAGUUGAUCUUCAGUCCGUCAUUCCGGACGGGGUCAGACGGACGGACAUUUCAUCACCAUCACUACUGCUGCUGGCGCUGUGGAACCGACCUGGACACACCCUGUGCCUGCUAGAUCCUAGAUACUCCCUGUUAGAACCCUGACAUACCCCAACACCUUGAACCCCUAGAUACUCCCUGUUAGAACCCUGACACACACCCUAUUAGAGCCUAGAUACACCGUUAGAACCCCUAAACACACCCUAUUAGAGCCUAAACACACCCUAUUAGAGCCUAAACACACCCUAUUAGAGCCUAAAUACACCCUAUUAGAGCCUAAACACACCCUAUUAGAGCCUAAACACACCCUAUUAGAGCCUAAAUACACCCUAUUAGAGCCUAAACACACCCUGUUGCAACAAAUGAAGAGAAUAACAACAUGGAUGCAGUACCAGGGGUGUACUGAAGGAGGCCUACAUGGAGGAACAUCUCGUUUUCAACAUUCUCCAAGUGCAAAUAUCAGGCUGUGUUCGCAUCGGUUCACUUAUUCCUAAACGCUGGGCUCGUCAUGCGUUCUUGUUCAUUUGGCAGGCUGAACCUGGCAACCCCGCGUGAGCUUCAAGUCUGGGAGUAGAGGGCGGGCAGAUACAACUCUCCAAUAUGGAAUAUGGCCAGGUCCACACUUCCCAUUUUAAGGGCUGGGUGUCAAUGUCAGAUAUUUCUCCUGGAAGUGCCCUAUAUAGGGAUAUAGUGCAAUACUCAAUACACUACAACAUGCCCUAAAUAGUUUACUAUAUAGGGCACAAGUGGACCGAUUGGGGCAAAGCCAGGGUUUGUAUUAGCGUAAUUUUGUCCAAGUACUCUCUCCCUUUCUACUGUUCUCCUUUCCCAUCUGUACCUCUCCUAUCCUCCUGAUUAUUUUGGAAGUACAUUUAAGAGUUAAUGUUAAAUUGUUGUUUUAUGUGGUACUAAUUCUAGCCGUUAUCAGCAUAGUGUUGUGUGGAAAACUGCAAUACUGGAAUAUUUUGGUUUUGUUUUGUAAAUAACAUUAGGUACCAGUGAUGUCAGAACAUCCUUGCUAUUAAUAAGUGUCCCCUUAUAUUCUCACUGUUGAUUCUCUUCAGAUAUAAAACCUUUCAAAGAAAAAUGACUGGCUGGCUUAUUGACUGACCUACAUGCUGGCUGACUCUUAUUUUAAAACCUGACUCAGUCUGUAGGAAUGUUUGAAAGAUUUCAGUGAUCAAAAUAUUUUCACAAAAUAUCUGAAUUACCCCAGACAUCAGAAGUUACCAGUAACAAACUCUGGUUGUAUAGAGCAGCUCCCACUGUAGCCAGCAGCAGACUGGUUAUACUGGGCAGCUCCCAAUAUAACCAGUAUCAGUCACCAUUCAUUGUACCAGUUGCAGACUGAAUGUACUCGGCACCUCCAAGUAAAGCCAGUAUAACCUGUAACAGACUGGUUUUACUGCACAAUAUAACCAGUAGAAAACUAGUUGUAAUGUGCAGCUCCCAGCAUAGGUAAUAGCAGACUGUGGUUAUACUCGCCAGCUACCAGUAUAACCAUUAGCAGGCUGUGUUGGGUACUAGGCAGCUCCCAGUAAAACCAGUAGCAGCCGGUUAGACCGGGCAGCUCCCAGUAGAACCAGUCAGUAGUGGUAGUCAGUGCCCCCUCUUGGCAGCUGUACAUCAAGGCAAGCAACUGAUGUUCAACCAGAAGGAAUCAAGUCCCAUUGUGACAGCGUUUAUUCAUAACAAUUGCAGAUAUUGACCAUUUGUGUAUUAAAUGUUAUCUUUAUGUUAAUGACUUAAAAUCCAGCAUCUUUUGGCCUGGGCCUGGCUAAAUUCCAAAUGUUUUAUCUAGCCCUAGAUCUAAAUCAAAGAGUGGAUUAAUUCAUCUGUCAUUCCAACCAGACAUUUAAGCCCUCAAAUAUUUUUGGGUCCUCUGUGUCAUCCAAGAGGAAGAUGAACUUCACACUACUUGCCAUGCAGAUUUUGUUUGAGAGCAAGAGAGAAAGAUUACAGGGCACUACACUGCAUGAACCAUCGGAAAAUUGUGCGAGUGUGUGAAAAUUGUAUGUUUCAAGAAACCAAUGUAAACAUAAAUACAUUUAAUGUUUCCCUUUUCUGGUACUGUAGCAUGCAAAUAAUUGUUUUACUGCCCUGAAGUAUUCUGCUUCUACUCAAUAAUAACCAAUAGUUGUUAAUAGUAAUAUAUGGGUUAAACCCUUGAUGUCCCAAAAUCAACCACCAUGAAGUAUCAAUACACAUAAUUAAGUGGAAAGUUUUGUUUCAACAUGAAUAAAUGUUAAACACUGCAUUUUCAUUGCAUAACUUUUUUUUUACUUAUUAUCCAGAUUGGAAUACAACGGUUGGCAAGAAUAAUCAGUGAUAGUAAAAAGUGUUUAUUUCAGAUUCAAUAGUAUUAAUGCCAGAAGGAUAAUCAGCAAAAUAAGUGCAAAGGCAGACAGUCUUCAUCAUUACAGUCACCCCAAUAGCUAAUCCACUCAAAACAUUUAACCUACUCAAUGUUUUUUUUUUUUAGAGCCUGGUUUUGAACUGAACUAACAACGCCUCAAAUUUGAUCCCAAUUUAGGCCCACUGACUGACUACUGAGCGUUCAGUGAGAGCGAGUCAGAGGUCUUCAGACCAGUCGUCUCCGCUUGCAGUCCCGCCCCGCGCCGUCCCCCGCCGCCCCGCUGUCCAAGCUCAGGGGAGACACCUUGUUCAACAUGGCGUCGUCUGAGGCCUGGCCGAACAGCGCCAUGAGCAGAGCAACGCCAAACCCUGUGGCACGCUCGCCCUGGAGAUUCAGAGAAACAAAGUAAGACUGUCAAAAGGGUGAUCACCGAAGUAGUUAGUUCUUUUGAUCCGUGGUUUACUAUUGGUAGAUUGAAACCAUAAUGCUAAACAUUAGUGAGUGAAACGGAGCGUGGACCUAGAGGGAACUUACAACAUGGACAGGAUAGGCCAUGUCCACGUGGACCCACACACCAGGCCAGUCGAAGCCCAGGUGAGCGGCUAUGAAGAGGCCUGCACAAGAGCUUUGGGCAUUCUCCCGGUCCUGUCAAAAAACAUGAAAGGACAUAAUUACUAGGCAAAUAUAAUUACUAGCCCCGUUUCUCAGCCAAGAAUAUUUAACCCAACUAGUCAACAUAUGACUAGUGGGGAGUUUAACAGAUUUGUAACAGCACACCUUUGAACCACAGAAACGGUUCAAAAGGACAAUGAAGAAGAUAAAAUAAACUUGGCUGGUAAUUCAUUUACUGCUCUCAGGUGUUGCAUGACAAAAACAUUAGAAGACAAAAUUUCAAUAGAACACAAAACUGCAUACACAUACAAUUUAUGCCAAGGUCACUCAUUAUACAGAAUACAAAAAUAGAUAAUUGAACGCAAAAGAGGCAUUUGCAACAUGAAUUCAAAACAAUUUGAUUCGAUUUCGAGUAGGACAACUUCUUCACUUGUAGUUGUAAAUAAUGUGUAAUUGGAGUUUAGUUAUACUUAGUACUAUCUAGCACAGUGUACCAUCUAGUGGCAUUUUGUUGACACUACAACCAGAAACAGUCAACGCGUUGUUCAGAGGCAGUUCAGAGUUACAAUUCCAAUAAAUAACAAAACUGCACUGCUUUUGUCCAGAUGCUCAAAGCCUGACUAAAGGUCGACAAAGCAGUAACCAAGUUGAGCGGGGUACGUACUGCCACAGAGUUCUUCAUGUCGGCCAGGGCCGAGGUGAACUCGCUGAAGUGCAGCUCGGGGCAGUACACCAGCGGGUGGGCCAGGUCUCCGCUGCUGCGGCCCGCCCGCACACACGCCGCCUCCCAUGCCUCACUGUUGGUCAGCACGGCCGCGUGGUGCUUCCCUGUGGAGAUCCCCUGGAAACACACGGGCACAAAAAGGACUCGGUGAACCCCUCGGCGUGCCAUCUACUCGUUUAACAAGGGGCUUUAAGCCAAAGCAAACCGACGCAUCAAUGUCCCUGCAGGUCUGGAACUAGCUGGUCGUGUGCGUAAGGUAGUAACCCAUGGCCUACCUGUGCCCCCGUCAGGGUGGCCAUGUCUAGAAUGAUGUCUGCGGACAGGUCCUUGCUGGCAUACACCACUCCAUCGGAGAGCACCAGUCUGCCCUCUGCAUCCGUGUUGUUGAUCUCCACAGUCCUUUAAAAAUAACAAAAAAAGAGACAAUUGCCAAUUAUUGUCGCCAUUAUAGAAAUAAAAGCAUUAUUUGUAUGCAAGUUUUAUGCAAAAGGCAUAGCUUUCUUGAGCUAAUUAAUCAGACUCAAAAAAUAACCACAGCAGAUCUAUGCCAGACCUGCGAGUGCCGGUUUAAUCUAUGAAACCCCGGUGACCCGGUGCUUUGACAGCGCCAGGAUAUGGCCGUCACUACCACCAUGCCUUCGCAGGGGUUAACUGGACCACUAGAACCACUAAGUCACUAAGUGAGUCACUCACUUCCCAGAGUACAGCGUGUGAAUGUCAUCGGGCCGCGUGGCUGUGGGUCCGACCGCAUUCUCCGCUAGACAGAAAACGGCAUGAAGGUUGUCCUUAAAGCCCUGCAGGGCAAAAAAGAAAAAGUAGAAGGGCUAUAGGACAGGGCACACGGUUUUGAUAAGACUUCUUUCAACGACAGGGACAAUAAAAUGCCUAUGGCAGCCGUAAGCAGCAGCACACUUUGGAGUGUGGACUGAACCCUGUAAAUGUGCCAAUGGUUGCCCCACCUGUUUAACGGUGGCUUUGAAAGCUCCCAGGAUGGCUGCAGCUCCUCCGCAGUCCCUCUUCAUCCCUGGCAUCGUGGUCUAUCAAAUAAAAAGACAGACAGACAGACAUUAUAUAUCUUAAUCGUUUGCAUUACUGACCUUGGAAAUAGUAUUCAUCUUGUACAGAAACAAAUAUACUUUAUCAACCUCAAGGCGGAUACAAAUUGAACAUUAAUUCAUCCAAAUUACCAGUUGGGUCCCCAAUGGUUCCAUUGAUUGCGUCAUUUCCAUAGCACUUCUUUUACUAGUUUCACUGUUCAGCCAAGUUCAAUUUACUUCCGUGAUCCAACUUGCAUUCUGUCACAUGAUUCAAACUAAAUCAUCCCUCUUGGUAUUCUUCUUUUCCAACCUACCUUUCCCUUAAUGCUGAGUCCACCAGUGUCGUACACGAUGCCCUUCCCCACCCAUGCAAUGGUCUGGGUGGCCCCAGCCGGUGUGUGGCUCAGUACUGCAAGGGCAGGGGGAUGCUCUGCUGCCUUGCCCACUCCAUAGAUACCUGACCAGGCAGAGAGCACAGCAAGCCCUCAGCACUCAUACGGCCCAGGGUUUGUCAUCAUAAAACACAUCAUUACUCUGCAUUUAGUUUAACCCAAAAUAUAUAUCGUUGUUCAGAGAAAGGGAUUUGACACUGAAAUUGAACGGCAAGACCGUACCUCCAAAACCUUUCUGCUUCAGUUCCUCUCCACGAAUGAUCACAGGUGUGAUUGACAGCUCUGCACCAACGGCUUUGAUCUCCUGCAGGAAAGAUCAGAUGUAAGCCACUUCAUUAAUCGUGUACACCUAAUCGUCCCCUUCCAUCAGUUAAAAGUGUCCUUUAAUAUACCUUUAAUAUUCCACAAUAUCAAGGUAUGGUUCAUAUUUUCUGGUUCAUAUUAAAAGGUUUGUCCCUUAAAAAAAGGUAGAUGGUGAAAUCUAAAAAUAACUUCCACACUGGUGUUACAAACCAGAUAAACAGUGAGGCACUUUGGAUCCCGGGGACCAGGAAGAAAUCCUUUACUGACUUUUACCAGAAACGUAUGCAUUCCUAACGCAUUAGCAAGAGCAAAUGAAACCACUUCCGUACAUCCAGGAAGUGAUCAGUGUUCAUCUCGUUGCAGGGCGUGUCCACGAUGCGGGCAGCCAGCCUCACGCCGUCGGCAGCAUUGGCAAGACACUGAAAAGGAACAACAGUCCCCGGUUGGUAUCCCACUCGAUGCGUUUCGACCUCUCAUGAGGAGAGACCCAAAGAAGGAGGGCUGGGGCUGGCGUGGGGAGGUACCUGAAGCUCUGCCGGCUCCACGGAGCUGCUCUCCUGGCCCACCACGAUGAACUCCACGGUGACCUUCUUCUUCUCCGUCCGGCGCGAGGACGCAGAGCGGCGGGAGAAGGUGGGGAACGCCCGGGAGAUGGCGCAGGAAGACGCAAACACGUCCGAGCGCUCGCACACCAUCUGGGAACAUUGGACACAGUGCUUCAACCGCCGGAUGGAGUGAGCCAUUGUUUGGGCGCAGUACUGAACCCGGUCGCAGCACUCCCUUCUUAGGAAAGGCACACAGUGCACGAUUUCUGUCCAUUAAGACGGUGACAUAUACAACCAGGUGGGAUUGUGAUUAGCCGUUACUAGCCAUUUUACAACGGCUAGUAACGGUCAUACUGGUGGUAUAAUAUGUCGCCUUUAAAAUAAAAAUAAUCACUGGGCCGGUAAAGGUCGGUAAACAAACCACGAUGCAGCGAUUGUUGCCCCCGGGCAGACAGGACCGUACGAGGCGGGAGACAAAGUGGGCAGAGGAGGGGCUGUUGUGCCGGCUGACCCUGGCGGGCAGGGCUGCCACCGUGGCAUGGUUCAGGUACAGGGGGCAGCUGUCCGUGGGGUUGGGGCUCAACGCAGCGAGAGCCGCCAGCCAAACCUGCAGGUGGGGAAAGGUGUGAGUCCUUGUGCUUGUAAGAGUGCGUCUGUGGCCUAUGUCUAGCUAAGCCCAUUAGAAAAGCUUCUACUCCGGAAGCAAGAGAAUAUAAUUGGUAAAUGUGUUUACAUUCAUGGAAGUGCUUCCCAAUAUGAAAUGCUCUUUUGGCGCUUUAUUGUAAAUCGUUUACCUUGUGUUACAAUACAUUCAAAUGAAACACAAGUAAGCUGUGCUUGACUUAAGACACAAAUAGGAAAUCUGUAACCUUAACUUAAAUUGUGUGGAAUAGCAGGACUGCCUUUUAUCUAAUGCCAGUCUAGUGUUUUAUAGACCACGUACAUUAAGCAGAGUAGAACCGAUUAAUCCGUCAGCAAUAAAUCAAUUAGAUUACUUGAGCCGCACAGUUAACUGUGAUUCAACCUCACAAAUCUUGUCAAUUAAUCUCUUCUCAAGUCGCUUGAUACACCGCCUUGUGCAAUUUAGGUUGCACAACUGCUAUCUAUUUAAAAAACGCCGACACGUCAAAAAAAGCUUGACAUUGACCAGUUGAGCUGUGAACAUUGGCCUCACCAACCUAGUUUAAAUAAUUGACUAGUAAUGCCAGAGUCUUCAUACAUUGUAUUGCUUAAGGUCAUUAAGAUGCGUUAAACAUUUUUUUAACCCAUAGUGCGCUUUUACAUUGACAUUCCCUUGGUCCAAAGCAUGCACAUCUUGCUGAUUUAAAGGAAAUGGAUCAGUCCGUUUCAAGUGGAUACAUCGAUUUGGCGUUGAGACCCACAACACCAGGAAAUACAUGUAAACAGUUGCAGAGGUGCUUAUUUUCGCUUUUGGUCAUUGAGAUGGGAAGCAAUGCGAACCUUCUUAUUGACUAGGCUUAAUGACUUUAAAUUGAUCAUUGGGCUGCACCUUUUGACCUUGCACGUGGUGGUUGAAUUAUCUGAGAUUAUUCAUUGUUUAAUUGAAGUGGCCGCUAAGGUUUUUAUCAUUUACAAGCUGCAUCUAAUCGACGCAUGGCAAAAAUCAUUCAUAAUCUUUUCUUCAAACGGUUAUUUAUUUAAUUUCGGAAGUAUUUUGAACUAAAUGUGGCUUAAAGUUAGAACUAUCAAGGUCUAACGUUACUGCGCUUUUAAAUCUGUAUUCGCCAAUUAGUACCUUGAUUAACGAGGACAUGUUGUACUAAAAUAUUAUGCCUCGAAUAUCAUCGACAUCGGCAUUCAUUUAAUCAGAGGGAAUAGCUCCUAUUUCGAUUUAGACUGUUUUUCAUGCAUUACUAGUGCUAGUUGUGCAUUAGCUAAGAUUAGCCACAAGCAGAGUUGAUAAAUCAUAAGUAGUUACCUCUUUGCUAACGGCUGGUUGAAGCUUUCCCUUGAUCUGGCUCCAGUUAACUUGCUGCAGAUUGUUUUGUUGUCCGAUAACUAAAACGGGGCGGCUUUGGGGCUCUGAGUCUCCGGCAGCAGCCUUGAACUCCAGCAGCACGUUCGCCAUCUUCAUGACUUGCAAA